UUACUUGUAAGGAUUAUUUAUAAAUUCUAUCAUCGUAAGCUACAGUUUCAUCCCCGAUUCCUAUAGAUUUUUCCUAUAGAUUAGGUUUUUAAUCAUAAUAGAUUAAAGAGAAGAAAAAAAAAUGGCAGAAAUCAUGAACAGCGAAAGCCAAUACGACAGAGCCGAAGAAGUAAAACGAUUCGACGAAUCAAAAAUUGGAGUAAAAGGGCUAGUCGAUUCAGGCCUCACCGCUAUUCCUCGCUUCUUCAUCCACCCACCCCAGAUUCUAUCCGACCUCAAACCCAAACCCAAACCCCAGUCCAUCGUCAUCCCAACCAUCGACCUCUCGGGGCCCCGGCCAGUGGUCGUGGAGCAAGUUGCCCGCGCAUCCCGAUCCUUUGGGUUCUUCCAGAUUGUAAACCAUGGAAUUCCUGUGCAAGCUCUGGACCGUACGAUUGGUUCCAUCAGAGCUUUCCAUGAGCAGCCAACGGAAGUUAAGGCAAAGUUCUACCGUCGGGAUGUGGGACCCGGUGUCAACUUCAUUUCCAACGUUGACUUGUUUCACUCUAAAGCUGCCAGCUGGAGGGAUACGCUCCAGAUAAAACUAGGACCAACGUUACCGGAGCUUGAGGAGAUUCCCAAGGUUUGUAGAGAGGAGGUAGUGGAGUGGAACUUGGGGACAAAAGCAUUAGGAGAGCGGUUGAUGGGAUUGUUGUCCGAGGGGCUGGGAUUGGAUACAGACAGGCUCAAGAACACUACCUGUUUGGAGGCAAGAGUUAUGGUGGGCCACUACUAUCCUCGCUGUCCCCAGCCUGAUCUAACAAUUGGCAUUGCAUCUCAUACGGAUCCAGGAGUCUUGACGGUGUUGCUGCAGGAUCAUAUUGGUGGGUUGCAGAUUAAGCAUGAAGGGGAGUGGGUGGAUGUCAAACCUGUGCCUGGAGCUCUUGUUAUAAACAUUGCAGAUGUUCUUCAGAUAAUGUCAAAUGAUGAGUACAUAAGUGUGGAGCAUAGAGUGCUAGCCAAUCCUUCCCAUGAACCUCGAGUUUCCAUUGCUGUUUUCUUCAAUGCUAGUGCCAGGGAAGCCUUAUAUGGACCAUUUUCUGAGCUUACUUCACCAGAGAAACCUGCCCUCUACCGUCAAUUCACAUAUAAUGACUACAUGAGAAGGUUCUUCACCAAGGAAUUGGAUGGCAAAACUUUGACAAAUUACUAUAAACUGUAAGGAAAUAUAAAACCAUGUACUUUGUGAUGUAAGAAUAUUCUGCCGUAUCGUAUUCUUAUAUUUUCAAGUCAGUGUACAAUAAGAGAACUCAAUAACCUUUGCUGUAAACAGAGGAGAAACAUAUAAAAAUUAUCUGGAUGGGAUAUUGAAAAUUUUCUUA